AUGAUGACUAUUGAUAAAGAGACAAUGGGGAGCUCCAGUUCAAAUGGGCUUUCACCUAAUGUCUUGAAGAGGAAAAAUGAAGACUGUGUGGAUCUAGAGGCUGAGAUUAAACGGGUUGCUCUGGAUGAUGAAGAGGCUGACAAUGAAGGAAAUUCCAAAUCCGAAUUAAGUUCUGAUGACCGCAACAGUUCAUAUACAAGCACAAAAUUGGACCCUAAGACCAAUAUACAGAGCCAGGAUAUCAGCUUACGUAUGCUCUGCUUAGUCAAACAGGCAUCUAUAAUAGUCGGCCCAAAGGGAGAAUCAAUAAAUAAAUUGAAAGAACAGACAAGUACAAAGAUAAACGUUUCACCAAAUAUCAGAGGUGUACCAGAAAGGGUAAUACACGUUAAGGGAAGCUGCGAGAAUGUUGGUAAAGCCUUUGGUAAAAUUGCUAGGAUUAUAAUUGAAAAGGACAGUAAGAAUAACGCAAAUCAAAGUAGCUCGAGCUUGGAUAGUGAAGCUAGUCAAAAUAGCUCAGAUGCAGAAGACACAACAUUAAUUUUAAAUUUGCUAAUAUCGCACGCAUUAAUGGGAAGUGUAAUCGGAAAAGGUGGCAGCCAGUUACGGGAAAUAGAAGAAAGAAGUGCCGCAAAACUGUAUGCAUCCCCAAAUCAAUUAAUGAUGUCCAAUGAUAGGAUAUUAUCCAUCACUGGUGUACCAGAUGCCAUACAUAUCGCUACAUAUUACGUUGCCCAAUCACUUUUGAAUUGCAGAGAAGAGUUGAAACAGAGAAAAUCCAUAUUCUAUCAGCCUUCACAAAUGGGAUCGGCUCUACCGAACUCAUAUGGUGCACAAAUGUAUAACAAAUUUCCUCAUCAAAUGCAUCACCAAUACCAUCCAAUGGAUAAAUAUAAUACUCCAAGAAACAAAAAGUCACAUAGACUACCAAGACCGCAAUCCAUGCUGGCUAACAACGUACCACCAUCUAUUAAUGGCCAUGCAUUUCACGAUGAAUACAUGAAUAGGCCCGAAUCAGGCCAAAUUCACUAUACAUCAGCGAAUGUGGCUAGUGCUCCAUCAUUUACACCUACUAGAAAUAUACCAAAUGUCAGGAUUGUUGACAAUCCGGAAAACAACAUGGCCUACAGCAACCCGAUUGCUCCAGUAAAGCAAGAUAUUUACAUAGAUGAGAAUUUUGUUGGAAAUAUAAUUGGUAAAGAAGGCAAACACAUUAAUUCAGUCAAAGAAAGUACAGGGUGUGCAAUUUUUAUUGACAACCGCAUUGAAGGAGUCUCUGAAAGAAAAUUGACGAUUAAAGGGACUUAUAUGGCUUUGCAAGCCGCCAUUAUGCUAAUCAGUAAUAAAAUUGAAAUAGACAGAGCUAAUUUUGAAAAGAGUUAA